GUCUCACCUGAUCAACAGUUUUCCAUGAUCAAAUACUGAAUGAUGCUUCAAAAGAAAAAUACUCAGUUUUCCUACUAGAAGUUAACUGAAAUGCAGAAAUUAUAUUAAAAAGUGUGUGUUUGUAAUACAGAAAGAGGCAGAGAGAAAUGACAGUGCAUGUAUGUGUUAGACUUAGAAGGAAAGUUGCUGAAAUUGGUUUCAUAAAGUCAUAUUUCAACAAUCUUAAACCCAUCUGUGCAGCGUUCAUGCCUUAAACCAACCUAUUUGUGGUAGUGUGUGUGAUUUGUUCGGAUUAACAGGACCCGGACUUCACAAUGCAGCUUUGUUGCUGAAACAGAUUAAGACAUCAAGUGACCGGAGGUGUAGGAGUGCCUUGCUCUCUUUUUCUUUCCUGCUUCCCUUUCUCCAACAUUCUCCUCAGAGGCUGGUGACACGCUCCUCAUCAGCCACAGUGAGUACGAUGGCCAGACGUUUUCACAUUCAGGGAUGUGAGACCAAUCUGGCCUUAUGAGAUCCAGGUCGACUGCUGAUUUUGAGCUCAGACGAAGCACCAAAAACAACAUCACGCUGGUUUCCUUCAUGUCAGGCCACAGUCAGCGAGAAAGUUGGCCAGCAAGCAGCAGCAACAGCAGCAAUGACAGUCACCUACUCUCGCAGGGUUGCAGAUGCAGGUCUGGGGACCUUUUUUCACCUGCUCCUGCGCUGGAAGGGCAGCAUCUAUAAACUGCUCUACAGAGAGCUCAUCAUCUUCACUCUUCUCUACUACUUCUUCAGUAUUGUUUAUAGGUUUGUGUUCAAUGAUGACCAGAAGAGGCUGUUUGAGAAGCUGUCAAUAUAUUGUGACCACUAUGCAGAGCUCAUCCCAGUGUCCUUUGUUCUUGGUUUCUAUGUAACCUUGGUGGUGUCCCGUUGGUGGGGUCAGUUUGAGAACGUGCCCUGGCCAGACCGCCUGGCAGCAUUAGUUGGUGGCCAUGUUCGUGGAGCUGACGAGGCUGCCAGACUGACCCGACGAACUCUGAUGAGAUACGCCAACCUCUCUGGCGUGCUUAUUUACCGCUCUGUCAGCACAGCCGUCUACAAGAGGUUUCCUACCAUGGAGCAUCUGGUGCAGGCAGGUUUGAUGACAUCAGAGGAGCUGAGGCACCUGGAGGACUUGCCCUCUCCUCAUAACAAGUUCUGGGUUCCCUGCAUGUGGUUCGUCAGUCUGGCUCUAAGAGCCCGGACUGAGGGUCGCAUCAACAAUGACGUGGCGCUCACAGCUAUUCUCACUGUGGCGACAGUGGCUGUCUACAGCUUUUUCCUGGCUUGUCUGAUUGGUCGUCAGUUCUUGGAUCCAACUCAAGGCUACCCUGGUCAUGAUCUGGACUUCUACCUGCCGGUUUUCACCCUGUUGCAGUUUUUCUUCUAUGUUGGUUGGUUGAAGGUGGCUGAGCAACUCAUAAACCCUUUUGGUGAAGAUGACGAUGACUUUGAGACCAACUGGCUUGUUGAUCGCAAUUUACAGGUGUCCUUGUUGUCUGUGGAUGAGAUGUACGACAGCCUGCCGUUGGUCGAGAAGGAUAUGUACUGGAAUGAGUCCGAACCUCGACCUCCCUACACUGCUGCCAGUGCUGAACACUGCAAACCCUCCUUCAUGGGCUCAGCACUGGAUAUCAGUGUUCCUAAGGAGGAGAUGGAGUUUCAGUCCAAUCUGGAGCAGAUCAAAGAAAAUGAGGAAGCAAACUACUCCACCCCACUGCUUGGAGGGCUGGGCCGCCUUCUCGGUGUCCAGUCCCCUAACUUUCCUCGCUCCUCCCGGGUCUCUCUGCUGCGUCGCCGCCCUGGAGCUCCACUAAGUCGCUUCCCCCUUUACCUGCACCCAGAGGCUCCAUCUCCUCUAAGCCAGGCCCGCCAGCCCUUGAACCAUGAUCCAGACUAUGCCUUCUCCAGCAUGCCCCUGUACGAGAGGUCAGGUUUCUACAGCUGCCCACAAACACCAAUCCACUGUGUGCCCCCUGCGGUGCCCCGUCCUCGACCCGCCCGGCGAACUCAGAACGAGUGUGACCGCAGCUGCAGCUCUUUGGCUCCUCCAAUGGUGGGCUCACAGUUGCUUCCUCCUGACACCCCCAACCACAUCCCUCCGCCGCCAUCCUCUGCUUUCCCCUGGUUGAGUGGGGAUGGUGAGGUGCCUUGUGCCCCGACCUUCUCCUUCCCCGACCCUCCACCUGAACUCUGCCCAAUAUCUAAACUCAGACCUGGACACGGCCUGCUGUCUCGCCGCCCUCUACCUCCCUGCCUCACUCUGGACACCUUGCCAUCAGCUGACAGCCAGCCCGGACCCCCAAGUGCUCGGGCACAAGGAAGUGGGGGGGAAAGGGUGUUCUCAUUCACUCCUCCAUCUCGCCCAGCAGCAGCAAAUCCCAGUAAUCCCAACAGCAGCUCUAGCAGCAUUAAUGCAACAAGCACCAACAGCACUGGCACUACGGGAAGUGUCUGUAACGGCACAAGUCUCAGUAAUUUUAGCAACCUUGGGAACUUCAGCACCAACAUGAGAGCGAGCAACGGGGGCACCAAUGGCAGCCAGAGCAAUAACAUGAACACAGUUUCCACUUCGGCGUCAUCGCAGCAAGAAGCCAAUCAGUCAAACUCGCCCAAUGAUUCAGGAAUCUCAUUGGCUGAAGGGGACCUGCUGGGCGUUUUGGUGGAGGGUGGGGUGAACAAGGCGGCUGGAGGAAGGGAGCAGGACUCAGAAAAGAAGGUGUGACUGUUUUUGUAUCACAUGUGGCAUUCAAAAUAUUUCACACAAAUAGGUAUUAAACUAUGUUAAAUCUGAAAUGAAUUAUAGUCAACUGGAGCCCUACUCACAAUCGAAAAGUAUUUGCUGCAAACACUGAGUUAAUCUCCAUUUCCUGGUAAGCUCUUACAGAACAAUUAACCUACUUGUGAAGCAAAAAGCACCUUAACUGUAAACAUGUAAGGAAGUUUCCUCUGAAACUCGACGAGGAACCAAAAUGUGCAUAUCUUAAAACUCUGUAGUCCUCUUAGCAUUGUUUCCUUGUUUUCUUUAAUAUUAAGUAUCACUUUAUGCUUCUUUUGU